CCCCGAGCGCGCAGCCGGGGACGCCGGGGCGCGGCGCGAGGAGGCCGGCAGGGCGGUUCGAGCACCACGGCGCUCCCGCCCUCCGCGGCGCCGGGCGGCCGGCCCACGUGACGGGAAGCGGCGGCGGCGGGGCCGGGCAGCCCAGGAACCGCGGGCCGGAGCGGGCGGCGGGCCCCAGGCCGCGGGGCGGCGCGGGACGGCUGGCGCCGGCUCCGAUCCACCAGUAGACAUGAUGACCAUCAAGGCCUUCACCCUGGUGUGUGCCGUGCAGCGCGAGCUGCUGAUGGGCGACAAGGAACGCAUCAACAUCGAAUGUGUCGAGUGCUGCGGCAAGAACCUGUACGUGGGCACCAAUGACUGCUUCAUUUACCACUUCCUGUUGGAGGAGGACAGGUCUUUGCCCCCAGGGCCAGCCACAUUCACUGCCACCAAGCAGCUACACAGACACCUGGGCUUCAAGAAGCCCGUGAACGAGCUGCGUGCAGCGUCGGCCCUCAACAGGCUGCUGGUGCUGUGUGACAACUCCAUCAGCCUGGUCAACAUGCUGAACCUGGAGCCCGUGCCUUCGGGCGCCCGUAUCAAAGGGGCCGUGACCUUCGCCCUGAAUGAGAACCCCGUGAACGGGGACCCGUUCUGCGUGGAAGUGUGCAUCAUCUCUGUCAAGCGCCGAACCAUCCAGGUGUUCUUGGUGUACGAGGACCGGGUUCAGAUCGUCAAGGAAGUGUCCACCCCUGAGCAGCCCCUCGCCGUGGCUGUGGACGGCCACUUCCUGUGCCUGGCUCUGACCACGCAGUACAUCAUCCUGAACUACAACACGGGGGUCUCCCAGGACCUGUUUCCCUACUGCAGUGAGGAGAAGCGGCCCAUCGUCAAGAGGAUAGGCAGGCAGGAGUUCCUGCUGGCGGGCCCAGGAGGGCUGGGCAUGUUUGCCACUGUCGCUGGCAUAUCCCAGCGGGCACCUGUGCACUGGUCGGAGAACGUGAUAGGGGCAGCCGUCUGCUUCCCCUACGUCAUAGCGCUGGACGACGAGUUCAUCACGGUUCACAGCAUGUUGGAUCAGCAACAGAAGCAGACCCUGCCCUUCAAGGAGGGCCACAUCCUGCAGGACUUUGAAGGAAGAGUGAUUGUCGCCACGAGUAAAGGAGUUUACAUGUUGGUUCCGUUGCCUCUGGAAAAACAAAUCCAGGAUCUGCUUGCCAGCCACAGAGUGCAAGAGGCUUUGGUGUUGGCCAAAGGAGCCCGGAGGAACAUCCCGAAAGAAAAGUUUCAGAUCAUGUACAGGAGGAUUCUGCAGCAGGCCGGCUUUAUACAGUUUGCACAACUUCAGUUCCUGGAAGCUAAAGAGCUCUUCAGAAGCGGCCAGCUUGAUGUCCGGGAGCUGAUCUCUCUCUACCCCUUCCUGUUGCCCACCUCUUCUUCAUUCACCCGGUCUCACCCUCCUCUACACGAGUACGCAGACCUCAACCAGCUGACCCAGGGGGACCAGGAGAAGAUGGCCAAGUGCAAGCGCUUCCUCAUGAGCUACCUGAACGAAGUGCGCAGCACAGAGGUAGCCAACGGCUACAAGGAAGACAUCGACACCGCCCUGCUCAAGCUGUACGCAGAGGCUGACCACGACAGCCUACUGGACCUGCUGGUCACCGAGAACUUCUGUCUGUUGACAGACAGCGCUGCCUGGCUGGAGAAGCACAAAAAGUACUUUGCACUUGGAUUACUCUACCAUUACAAUCACCAAGAUGCGGCUGCAGUCCAGCUGUGGGUGAACAUUGUGAACGGGGACGUGCAGGACUCCACCCGCACAGACUUGUACGAGUACAUUGUUGACUUCCUCACCUACUGCUUGGACCAGCAGCUCGUGUGGACCUACGCCGACUGGGUCCUGCAGAAGAGCCAAGAGGUUGGGGUUCAGGUUUUCACCAAGAGGCCUUUGGAUGAACCACAGAACAGCUUCAAUCCGGACGAUAUCAUCAGUUGCCUUAAAAAGUACCCAAAAGCCCUGGUCAAGUACCUAGAGCACCUCGUGGUUGACAGAAGGCUGCAGAAGGAAGAGUAUCACACUCACUUAGCCCUCCUCUACCUGGACGAGGUGCUGCGGCAGAGGGUACCCUGCAGUGGCCAGGAGGCCGAAGCUAGCGAGACCCAGGCCAAGCUGCGUCAUCUGCUUCAGAAGUCUGACCUGUACCGAGUCCACUUCCUGCUGGAGAGGAUCCAGGGCGCCGGCCUGCCCAUGGAGAGUGCCAUCUUGCACGGGAAGCUGGGUGAGCAUGAGAAGGCCCUGCACAUCCUGGUGCACGAGCUGAAGGACUUUGCCGCGGCCGAGGACUACUGCUUGUGGCGCUCCGAGGGCCGUGACGCAGCCUGCCGCCGCCGCCUCUUCCACACGCUGCUCACCUUGUAUCUGCGUGCCGGACCCUCUGCCAACGAGCUGACCAUGGCUGCCGUGGACCUGCUCAACCGCCACGCCCUGGAGUUCGAUGCGGCACAAGUGCUACAGCAGCUGCCCGGCUCCUGGUCUGUGCAGCUCAUCUGCCCCUUCCUGACCGGGGCCAUGAGAGACAGUGUGCAUACCAGGAGGAACACACAAGUAGCCCUUGGCUUGGCCAAGUCAGAAAACUUGCUCUGCAUGUACGAUAAGAUGAAGUUGAAAGGAAGCGCAGUUCGGCUCUCAGACAGGAAGCGUUGCCAGCUGUGCCAGAACCCUUUCGGCGAGCCGGUGUUUGUCAGAUACCCAAACGGCGGCCUCGUGCACGCGCACUGUGCGGCCAACAGGCACACGGACCCCGGUGCCCCCAGCCCGGGCACCCGGACUUGAGGACCCCGGCGCCUGAGCCAGUCGCCAAGCCUGCUGGACGCGAAGAACAGACCGUUGUGGUCUCCAUGCUUUGUGCCAGCCAGGACGAAAGGCAGAUGGCUGGCCGUGCACCCAGCAGACGUCGGUCCGUGAGAGGCCCGCGCACUACCGACCACUGUCUGAAUGUCCAUGGAAAACUCCAGUAAAGCACAGACAGGCCCAAGGCCGGCUGUCCAGGGACACGGUGACCCCAAGCAAGAUCUCCUUUUGGUGAGGGGGGUGUUAGAAAAGGGAGUCAUCCUCGUGCCAUCCAGACACAAGUGGGGGACCACGCCCCCAGUUUUAGAUGUACAUUUGCACUGGAAACGUGUGGCCUCAGCGUGGUCUGGAGCCACACUGCCCUUGGGCGCCUGAGCCCUGGGUUGGGCACCUGGCCACCCUACCCCACGGAGGCUCUGCCCUUUCCCUGAGAAACGGCUGACCCUAGGGAAAUAGUUUGGUUCCUUCUUAUGCCCUGGCUAGCUCCCAGCCCCCUCACUCCCACUCCCAAAGAUUGCACCUUUUUGACCCGACCACUCCUUGGAGGUGAAUCCCCGUGCAUCCAGCUCCCCAGCAGGAGAGCAUCUCAUGAGAGAGACAGUACUUUCCAUCCGGAGGAAGACAGCGGAGACGCGGAGCCCCAUGCUGCUCUGUGAGCAGGCCCAGGGCCGCAGCCCUCCACUGUGGCCCUGCCCAGCUGGCAGAAAGGUCUGUGGUUGGCCUGUGGGCCUGGGCAUUUUUAUUUGCUUCUGUGUCAUCACUGUAGUUUUCCUGUUGGUCAGAAAUCCACCCGUCCCAGUCAUUAGGCUUGCGUUUUCUUGUUAACACAUACCUCCUCCUGAGCCAGUGCAGGGACUGGGCUGAACCUUCUCAGGAGAUGCCGGUUUUAACUUCCCACUUCUUGGAGAAAGCUGCCUGGGCACCGGAUGGAUGGGCGGACCUGCUCCUCCUGGCAGGGGCCG